CUGGGGCAGUCCCCCGCGCCCGGGUCCGGGUGAAAAGCCAGGAGCACAGCUUUUUCCUCCAGACCCACCCAUGGCGCUCCGUUGUGCGCUUUCCGCGGGCGAGGCGCCCUGGAAGACCUUGUCUGCAGAGGAGCUGGAGAAGCACUACUCGCCCAGCAGAUGGGUCGUCCGCAUGAAAGCAGAGGACGUCGUCAGGACCUUCGUGCAGAUAGGGAGCCGCGCCACCCAGAAGGCCCGGGCCACCAGGAGGAACCAGCUGGAUGUCCCCUAUGGAGACGGCGAAGGAGAGAAGAUGGAUAUCUACUUUCCUGAUGAGGAUUCUAAGGCUUUCCCGCUCUUCGUGUUCUUUCAUGGAGGAUACUGGCAGAGUGGAAGUAAAGAUGACUCGGCCUUCAUGGUGAACCCGCUGACAGCACAGGGGGUGGUCGUGGUGAUAGCGGCUUACGACAUUGCACCUAAAGGCACGCUGGACCAGAUGGUGGACCAGGUGACUCGCAGUGUUGUGUUUCUGCAGAGGCGAUAUCCAAGUAAUGAGGGAAUCUACCUCUGUGGACAUUCUGCAGGAGCCCACCUGGCCGCCAUGGUGCUCCUGGCCAACUGGACCCAGCAUGGUGUCACACCCAACCUCCAAGGCUUUCUCCUGGUGAGUGGGAUCUAUCAUCUGGAGCCCCUCAUAUCUACCUCCCAGAAUGCCUCUCUGCACAUGACUCUGGAAGAUGCUCAGAGAAACAGUCCACAACGGCGCUUGGAGGUGGCUCCAGCCCGGCCCAUGGCUCCAGCCUGCCCUGUUCUGGUGUUUGUGGGUCAGCAUGACUCCCCAGAAUUCCACCGGCAGUCCAGGGAGUUCUAUGAGACACUGCUCCGAGGAGGGUACAAGGCCUCUUUCCAGCAGCUGCACGGUGUGGAUCACUUUGACAUCAUAGAGAAUCUGGCCCAGGAGGAUGACGCGCUCACCCAGAUCAUUUUGAAAACAAUCUUCCAGAUGCUGUGAGGACACCUGGUCCCCAGCUUGUGUGCACCUCAGAGAGCCUCCAGAGAAGCGGUGACUGUUGUCCCUACCACUGGCUUGUCUGUCCACUUGGUACCUUCUCCCUGCUGUGAACACAGCCUCCAGGUCACCCUCCGCCCACCCAGAUGGAGCUCCAGGGAAAGCCGCAGAUUGGCACUGAGAGGUGCACACAGCCACCACCUGGCCAUCUGGCCCCCUGCGUGCUUACAGGGUGUGGUGGUCAACUUC